AUGGCAUCUUCACAGCAAGUUGCCCUUGUCAUGGGUGCAUCCCGUGGCAUCGGCCGUCAAAUUGCCAUCGAUCUCGCAAAGAGUGGCUACUCGGUAAUGCUAGCGGCAAAAACAACCUCAGACGCAUCAAGUGUGGUCCCAUUCCCCCCAGACCCAAACUCAUCAAAAUCAACAAUCAACACCGUAGAACGGGAGAUCCAUGAAGCAGGCGGCCGCGCUGCCACGGUUGCGGUUGACGUACGCGAUGCGGAGCAGAUCCAACAUGCUAUUGAAGAGACAGCGCGUAUAUUCGGCAAGCUGGACGUCUUGGUUUACAACUCCGGGGCGAUCUGGUGGUCGUCUGUGGAGAAUACGCCUUUGAAGCGGUUCCGACUUAUGCAGCAGGUGAAUCCCGAGGGGCUUUAUGCGACUGUUCAAGCUGCUUUACCAUUCUUUGAGAAGAACGGGUGGAAGGGGAGGAUUGUUGUUGUCUCGCCUCCGAUUUAUUCCAGAUUCUUUCGCGGGAAGACGGCUUAUGCUAUGGGUAAGGUCGGGAUGAGCGUCUUGGUCAAAGGUCUAGCCAUGGACUUUGUUCGUCAAGGCCGAAAUGAAAUGGCGGUGACCAGUAUCUGGCCUGCAUCGUCUAUUGAAUCGGCAGCUACAGAGCAUAACAAGGCAGCUGAUCAAUCCCACAAGAAGGAUUUGCGAAAGCCUGCCAUUUUCUCCGAUGCUAUAUUAGCUAUGCUUCGUGCCCCACAUAGUGUGGUCAACGGGUUGUUGGACACGGACGAGGAUUUCCUCCGCGAAAAGUGCGGUGUACUUGAUUUCUCCAAGUACUCUGUGAUCCCAGGGUCCACCCCACGGCGGAUCAUGCCGGCUCAGUUCCCGGCAUUGGAAGUUGCAGAGCAGGACGAUGAAGGGCAGCGGAUGGAUAGUACUAGAUUGAGAGCUAAGAUGUAG